AUGAGCGGGAAGAGCCCCUUGUCGCGGUCUGCCGCACACCCCUGCGAGCUGCAUUCCUCGGGCUCACAGCCCGCCACGCUGGCCUGCAGCGAUGGGGACGAGCCGCCCAGCCAGGCUCCGGAGCCUGCCAGCCCCUGGGACCAUGCUCAGCCUUCCCGAGGAGCAGAGGGGGAGCGUGAGGACCAGGGGGACGAACAUCUGGAAGCGGUGACGGAGCUGGGGGAGAGGCAGAGUGAGCAGGGACUGGGGACAGACGUCGCCGGUGACAGUGGCCGUGAGGACGGGACGGUGCUGGCCAACGGUGUGGACGUGGGACUGGAGCAGGGAGACGGUGGCGUGCCCAGCCCAAGCAACACAUGUUCUGGGGAGAGGGGCUCCCCCAGACACGAGAGAUCUAGAGAGGCCCUCAGCAAGGAGCGGUUGCAAAGCAUCCUGGGGUCUUCAGAAGCUCUAAGUGCUGACGAGCCAGAGGAGCAGCUCGGAUUUGCUUCUGGAGAUGCCGAGCUGAGCUGCAGUGCGGAUGACAAGGAACAUUUUCAAUUCAAAGACAUCAGGGAUGGGUUCAGCUCGACCUUUGAGAAGAUCGUUGAGUCUGACCUUAUGAAGGGUACAUACUACAGCAGCUUGGACUCUUUGGACGUCCUCUCUCUGACAGAUGAGACAGACAGCUGUGUCAGUUUUGAGGCCCCACUCACCCCACUGAUCCAGCAAAGGGUCAAGGAAAGCCCGGAGCUCUUGGAGCAGAAACUAGUAGCCCAGCAGAGAGAAGCCCUUCACCACAUGGCAGCUGAUAAACAAGAGCAGGCAGCAGAAAAGCCAGCAGAGGGAGAUUUUGGGAGCCCUCUUAGGCAUUCAAUUACCAGCAGCAGGUCAGAGAAUGUGCUGAGCCGGUUGUCCUUGAAGAGUAUCCCAAAUGGGUUCCACGUGGAAGGAUCAGAGGAAGAUGCCACCAAGAUCAUUAACUCCAUCAGUGACGCCAGCUUGAAAGACACUCUGUCAGACUCUGACUCCGACAUGGGCAGCACGGAGCAGCUCAACCAGGGCAGCACAGACACCUUGGCAAACGGCUGCAGGGCAGAUAGCGAGGCUGCCAAGAGGCUGGCCAAGCGCCUCUACAACCUCGAAGGGUUCAAGCGCUGUGACGUGGCGCGCCAGCUCGGGAAAAAUAACGAAUUUAGCAAGUUGGUAGCAGAGGAGUAUCUCAGCUUCUUUGACUUCACUGGCCUGACCCUUGACAAAGCACUCAGGACAUUCUUGAAAGCGUUCCCGCUGAUGGGAGAGACACAGGAGCGGGAGCGGGUGCUGAUCCAUUUCUCCCGGCGGUACUGCCAGUGCAACCCAGAAGAGAGCACGUCCGAAGAUGGGAUUCAUACACUCACCUGUGCGCUGAUGCUGCUAAACACAGACCUUCAUGGCCAUAAUAUUGGCAAAAAGAUGUCGUGUCAACAGUUCAUAGCAAACCUGGAUGGACUGAACGAUGGGAAGGACUUUGCAAAGGAUUUGUUGAAGACACUGUAUAACUCCAUCAAGAAUGAGAAGCUAGAGUGGGCCAUUGAUGAGGACGAGUUGAGGAAAUCUCUCUCAGAGCUGGUAGACGACAAAUUCGGAGCCAGUGCGAAGAAAGUGACAAGGAUUGUUGACAGCAGCAACCCCUUCCUGGACAUCCCCCAAGCACUGAAUGCAGUGACCUACAAGCAUGGUGUCCUCACGCGUAAAACCCACGCAGACAUGGAUGGGAAGAGAACUCCCAGAGGAAGGAGGGGUUGGAAGAAAUUUUAUGCUGUGCUUAAAGGGACCGUCCUUUAUUUACAAAAG